AAGCCGGAAAAUAAGCAGAACAGAGUCGGGAUUAUAACCAGGAAUACAAUAGAUAAAUUGGAAAGAUUAAGAAUGCACACGUCCAUUGUAUGCACAAUAUUGGUCGCUGUCCUGGCGGUUGGUUGCCUGGAAGUGUCAGCGUCAGAGAAUGUAAACAACAGCUCCCAAUUUAUUGCCACUUAUGAAUGGCAAGUGGUGCCCGAAGGUCAGGGCAUACCCAAGGGACUCCACGUCCGCAUCAAUCUGCAGACGGGCGUUAAGGAAGCCAAAUUACUAGAUACAAACGAACGUGACACUGCGCUGCAAAGUCAAACCGACGACAACGCUUCAGGAUCGGCAAAUGAUCUGCCGCUGUCCUUGGAACACAAGGCGGACAUAAUUGAGGAGUCGGUGCGCAAGGUGAAGGAACAUCGCAGCUAUGCAGAGCUACGCAAAGCAUACAAAGAUUUUAAAAAGAACUUUCGCACCGAUGGCGAACUGAUCGUCCAGAUCCUGGAACAAUAUCGCAACUUCAGCAAAACAUCCGUGGAGUCGGAGCUGAAGCCCAAACUAAAUUCGCUAGAGAAUCUUGAGUACCUACUGCAUCAGAUUGACAAUGCUCUGGUUUUCAUUGACAAAGGCGGCCUGGACGAUGUCCUGUUGCCCAUUGUGGUCAACGAUACCAACACUGAUAUGCGCGCUUCCGCAAUGCGCGUUCUCGGCGCCCUAACUGGAAACAAUCCCCAGGCGCAAGUUAAAGUAUUUGAACGCAAUUUCGGUUCACAUCUCGCACAAAUCCUGAUGACGUCGACUAACAGCGCCGAAGUCUCCUCGGCACUACAUGCAUUUGGCGCACUUUUGCGCAAGUUUCCAUUGGCUCAGCAGCGCAUCCUAUCUACCUCGGGUACACAGGCUCUGAUUAGUGUGCUGCGGAGCACCGACAUCGAACUGCGCAAUAAGGGCAAAGUGAUGACUUUGAUAAGUGAUUUGAUGUUGGAGAAGCGUUAUGCGCUCGAGGGAAGCAGAGACUCAUCGGAUGCAACCUCAAGUGUGGCACAAUAUGGGCUUCUAGAGCUUGAGUCCUGGCUGCAAGCGCAUAGUUAUUGUCCCACUCUAGAGGCAGUGCUCAGCAAAGAUUAUGUGCAGUUACUGGAACAACCUGAAGUUGUGGAGCAGUUCAUAGUCGGGUUGGAGAGCACUGACAGUCUGUGCCAACCCCUCUGGGCGCAAAGCGGUGCUUUGCGGCAUGCGUUGCUCACCGUGCGGAACAGAUUCUCUCACAGCCAGGAUGAGUAUAGAUUGGAGGUGUCACAGGCUCUGGCGAGGCUCUGUGUGCGUUUCUAUGACAAGCACAGUCACACAGAGCUAUAAAACUGCAUUUGAGAAUUAGCCUAACCACUAUUUAUGUAGAUCCCUUAAAGUGAUGAACUGAAUGUUACAAAUAAGAAUUCGGUACCAAUUUAAGCCAAACUCUUAUAAUGAGACGCACUUUGAAAGUGCCAAAACACUUUAAAUAAAUUUGUAAUUAAUUGCAUGUAAUUACACUUAUGUGAUU